AUGAGAGACAAAUUAGUACAUCAAAGUGCUAAUAGCAAUUAUAUCUGUUUGGAUUCAGAAUUUCCCACAGAUAUGCAACCAAAUCCAAACCUGUAUUUAUAUAAAGAAAAUAUUUGUCCAGCAAAAUUUGACUACAAGCUGAAUAACAUUUUUAGACUUCAUGAACUUCCAGUGAGCUGCAUCAUCAUGCACCCCUGCAAAGACAUCCUGAUCUCCUGUGGGGAGGACCGCCUCUGGAAAGUGGUGGAGCUCCCCAAAGGCAAUGUGCUUCUCACAGGAUUUGGCCACACUGACUGGCUUUCUGACUGCUGCUUCCAUCCCAGUGAAAGAUGCAGAUGUACUUUGUAUGGACAUACAGAUUCUGUGAACAGCAUCGAGUUUUUUCCUUGCUCCAACACACUUCUCACAGGUUCUGCGGAUAAGACCCUAUCUGUAUGGGAUGCAAGAACAUAUCUCUGAGAGCAGAAGAAAGAUUCAUCACAGCAAAG